UGUCCGGCUACGAAUUAGUAACUCGGAACUUGUUUUCUGUUUUGUUUUCUUUUUAUAAGUUAAAGAUGGUGGGUGAAGAGAAUAGGCCCGACAGAAGAAAGCAGCAGGACAAGUUAAAAGUGUACAUAAUUCGUGAAGUGUACGAAGGUGAGAAUUCACAUGAAACGUUUGAGCUGGAAUUAGAAAGGGGUCUCGAGGAAGGAUCUGACAUCAUUGUGGUGGAGCCAUCUCGACUUGGUGACGAAACAGCACGAUGGAUAUCUGUUGGAAAUUGUUUGCACAAGACAGCAGUUUAUUCGGGCAUCGGUUCAAUAGCAUCAGGUUUAAUUUGGAGCGAACGGCCGUACGUGUGCACUCCGCUGGGGGCACUGUCCUUACUCUGUGCAGGACUACACACUAUCUCAUGGCAGUUCGACCCCUGUGUGCAGUACCAAGUUGAAAGUGACCUGACCAAGUUUGCCCAUAUUCCUGAAAUUAGUGCCCUUACAUCUGCAUCGCCGGUAGUCCUCGUGCACUGUGAUAAUUCAAGGAGAAAAUUGUUUCAAGCCAGUGUGACUAUUCUGGCUGCCAUUUUCUGUGCUUGGCGACUGUACAGUGCUUACAAGUGACGACCAGCUGUGUUGGCAUAGCAGGGAAAAAAAAAGAUCAUAGUUUUCAGCUUGGGGACUACAAACGUAGAUCUUAUAUUUACAAUUUAUCACACCAGGCAGGACUGAAUUUUGUUACAGCUUGCACACAAGAUGUAAUAAAAAUGGAGAAUCUAUGCUGUUGAGAAUGUUUUACAGUGUCAGGGUGAGAGAUUAAGUACAGCUUGAUGUGUAUUAUUCACAUGGGAAAAGUUGGCCCAGUUGACAUCACUUGCAAUGCUCUUUAAGAUAAUACUGGUUGCUGAUGAUGCAUCAUUUAUUCAGGUUUAUGUUCUAAGAAAUGAUACUGAAUCUCUGUAAAUGAAAGGUUGUAGGAAUGUAAUUGAAAAUAUUGUCUGUUGUUGUUCUGCUCAAAAUUAUUGAAGUGAUUUGCAUUUUAUGAUGUGAUAAUGAAAUGCACAAAUGUAUUUACAGAUUUUAAAUACUACCAUGGUUUUUGAUAUGAAUUGCUACUAUUUAAAAUGCUAUUACAUUUUUUUUAAGCUGUAACAUAUAGUCUUAAUACUAACAGAAUAAGUGUGAUAAAUAUUUAUUUGUAAUUUUUAAUUACUUGUAUGUUGUGGGAAAUGUUAAACAUUAAGAGAUAGUACCAAUGGUUAACACACAACAUAUUCACAAAAUAUUCAUCACAUUUAUUUUCAUUGAUAUCAAAUUAGUCAUAGUUGUAUGACCAUUUAUCAUCACUGUGCAUUUGUGGUAAAUUUCAUUUCACAUCAAGACGACAUUCCUUUAAACUGAACAUCAUGUGAAAAGUGUAAGACUGUUAUACAAUAUUGUAUGCUUGUAGAACAUUGGCUACUGUACAAUUUGAAGGAUUGAAAUGUUAACCAUAAGUCCAAGAAUUGCUGUUGGAAAAAAAAAAAUACAAUUAACUAUAUUGGAGUUUAUUAGUCACUAUUAUAAGACCUGUUUUAUGAAUACAAAUAGAUACAUCGUUUGUUUUUUAAAAUAUUUUAAUUAGUCAUUUUAAAGUCGGUAAUGAACUGGUUUAUUUUUUGUAUUACACAUACAAUAAGACUUACGACUUGGUAGGAAAAUGAUUGUGAUUAUUUAUCCUGUAAAUAUUCAGUUACCUUAUAACCCCUCCUUACCCUUAUCCCUGGUGUUGAGGGACUCCCACAGCUGCUCAUGAUGAAGCAUCGCAAUAAACUUUUAUUGCAUAAUAACAUGUUAACAAAUUAAAUAAGAAUGCAGUUAAAUUUGUACAUAUACAGUCAAACCUCUAUCUAUCGAACUCGCAUGUAUCGAUUGUCCGUGUUUAUCGUAUACUUUCUACGGUCCCGGCAAAAUUGCCAUACAACUAAGGUUAAAAAAGUCCGCUUGUACCGAUGUUCGAAUUAUCGUUUUGUCCGCAUUGAUCGUACAAAAUAUGUGGUCCCGUCACUAUAAAUUAUAAUAGAUGAUCGUUUAACCAUAAAGAUUUUGCAGAAAUAACCAUUUCUUAGAAAGAAACCGUCAUAACAACAGUAACGAUAGUAUACAGCAGUAAAUAUCACCAAAUAUGCAGCCAAGUAAUGGAGCACGUAAAUAUGAAGAACAGACAAAUGAACAACAACUUACGAAGAAAUAUGGAUGAUGUACCAUAACUACAGUACAAACCCAAUUGUUAUCCUAAGAUAAUUACCAUAAAAAGAACUAAAGAUUCUUUGUCGAUACCAUAAUUACUACAGAAGCACGAUAGCUACCACAUUUGCACUACAGUUACCGUAAAAACCGAGACGUCUAUUUACCGUGACGGUGAUGUAUUUAUUUAUGACAUAUUAAAAUUAAAGAACAUUAUUGAAAAAAAGGAUGUUAAAUUUUUAUAUGUACGUUUGGCACAUGUUGCGAAGAAAUAAUGCUAUCUGAAAGAAUGCAGUUCUACUAUGAAAACUGAAAAGUGUACUGGUUGGAUUUUUAGGUUAUGGCAGUCUCUCUCGUUUUUCAGUAAUAUCGGCCGAAAAUUAACAAGCGUAUCGGAAGUCCGCAGAAAUGCUGAUUCAAUUAAAUAUUGGCAAAAUCGGCUUCUUCAGUACAGCUCUACAUUUGAUGACAUGAGUAAACAUAUUUCAGACUUCAGGAUAUUGUAAACGACUUUAAUUUCCAUGUAGAUUUAUUGUGCUUAUGUUUUUUUUUUUGCAAGUGUAAAUUGAAUUAAGUAAAAUACUUCCAUUUUUAUUUAUUUUUCAACUAAUUUAACUUUAAUGACAAGUAACUGAUAUAUUUCUGACACUAAUUUUGAGGUUGAAAUAUUUUUUUAAAAUUCUUAGAGUGAAGUCCACAUCUAUUGAAUGUCCGCAUCUACUGAAUUUUUUUGUUGGUCCCCUGAAAAACGAUAGAUAGAGGUUUGACUGUAUAUCAUAAAAAUUCACUACUAUUCCAUUUUAUUAAUAAUUCACUGGAGCAAGUAUUUGCAUUUGGCCUGUCGGUGGGGAUGUCAACUUCUGUGGCUGUACAGUCUCGUCUGCCCAUCUUGUGCAAUUCAAUUUGCUUAGUCACUAACAUUACAUUGGUACAUUGAGUGUGUUAUAACUCCUACGUUAAGUGGAUGCAUUAUAAAAGCACUGUCCGAACUAGCUAGUAUGGACACACAUGUGACAAAUUUAAGUAAUGGAUAAGGUAUUUUUUCUUUUGCUAUAAUUACAAUUUCAAGCUAUUUAUGCUGUGGUAUAGAUCUGAUAAUUACUAACAGGCUUGUGUAAGCCACAGUCAUGCCCAGCUAAGAUAAUGAUCACUGCUUGCACAUAAAACACUUGAAACACAUUCCAUCAGUCGGAGGUUGCAGGUAGUGGGGUGUUUAUUAA